UGCCCAAAAAGUGAUUCGUCGGGCGGUGGCGUUGCCACCUCGUCCUCCCGGUCGAGACGGUUGUCGUCUCAAACCCGAUUUCCUUUUCCCCAAGCACCGCACUGUUACUCUCUGUCUGUCUCUAGCCUACAAUUCAGACGCAAUCUUUCUCCCCCCUCUGUCUCUCUCUCUCUCUCUCUCCCUCACCCGCACAGAGAAGGCAUAGGGCUUGAUCGAGCGAGGAGAAGGGAAGAAGAUGGGGAACUCGCGGCGACAGUUGAAAGUGAUGCUUCGCAAGAACUGGCUUCUCAAAGCUCGCCAUCCUUUCGUCACUUGUGCGGAGGUUUUGCUUCCGACUAUUGUAAUGCUGAUGCUAAUUGCUGUAAGGACUCGAGUUGAUACACAAAUUCAUCCUGCUCAGCCUCACAUUCAGAAAAAGAUGUUUGUUGAAGUGGGAAAAGGUGAAACAUCUCCCUCUUUCGUUCAAAUGUUGGAAUCACUGUUGGCCAAGGGCGAGUUUUUAGCAUUUGCUCCAGAUACAACGGAAACAAAAAUGAUGAUCGACACAUUGUCAAUGAAAUUUCCUUUACUAAAGAUGGUUAGUAGAAUUUACAAAGAUGAGUCAGAGCUCGAAACCUACAUACGUUCAGAUUCUUAUGGUGUUUGCUAUGAAAUUGAGGAUUGUUCAAAACCCAAAAUUAAAGGAGCAAUAAUAUUUCAUGGUCAAGGUCCUGUGUUAUAUGAUUAUAGCAUCCGCCUCAACCACUCAUGGGCUUUCUCAGGAUUUCCAGAUGUUCAUACCAUCAUGGAUGUGAAUGGUCCUUAUCUCAACGACUUGGAAUUGGGUGUUAACACUGUGCCAAUACUUCAGUACAGCUUCAGUGGAUUUUUCACGCUUCAACAAGUUGUGGAUUCUUUCAUAAUAUAUGCUUCUCAGCAACCUGUCAACAAGUUAGGCACAGAAGAUACUGGGUCACCUUUUGGGCUUUCAUUUGAUGAACCUUCCAAGUUGGAGAUGCCAUGGACACAGUUCAACCCUUCAAACAUAAGGCUUGCACCCUUCCCAACUCGUGAAUAUACGGAUGAUGAGUUCCAGUCUAUUGUGAAGGAAGUCAUGGGAGUGCUUUACCUGCUGGGAUUUCUCUAUCCAGUGUCUCGCCUAAUCAGCUAUUCUGUGUUUGAGAAGGAACAGAAGAUAAAAGAAGGUCUCUACAUGAUGGGUCUGAAAGAUGAGAUAUUCUAUCUUUCUUGGUUUAUCACUUAUGCUUUCCAGUUUGCAAUUUCUUCAGGGAUCAUCACCCUAUUCACAAUGACUACCCUUUUCCAGCAUAGUGAUAAGUCGGUGGUUUUCACAUACUUUUUUCUGUUUGGCCUCAGUGCAAUAAUGCUUUCAUUCUUGAUAUCUACAUUCUUCAGAAGAGCAAAAACAGCUGUAGCUGUUGGUACCCUUUCUUUUCUGGGGGCCUUCUUCCCUUACUACACUGUCAAUGAUGAGUCUGGUCCUUUGGUACUAAAGGUCAUUGCUUCCUUGCUUUCUCCAACGGCUUUUGCUUUAGGUACUGUUAACUUUGCUGACUACGAGCGUGCUCAUGUUGGACUUCGUUGGAGCAACAUAUGGCAGGCAUCGUCCGGAGUGAAUUUUUUGGUCUGUCUCCUGAUGAUGUUGCUUGACACACUUUUGUACUGUUUGAUUGGUCUCUACCUAGACAAGGUCCUUCCAAGGGAAAAUGGUAUUCGUCAACCUUGGAAUUUUCUAUUUCCCAAGUGCAUUUGGAGAAGGAAAAGUACCACUGAACAUUCUGCUUGCAGUUCUGAUACAAACCCUGGGAACAAUGAUUUUCCUGGAAAUGAUCCUUUUGUACCUGCUGUUGAAGCAAUGAGCUUGGAGAUGAAGCAACAAGAGCUUGAUGGCAGAUGCAUCCAGAUAAGGAAUCUGCGGAAGGUGUACACUGCUAACAAAAGGAGGUGUUGUGCUGUGAAGUCCUUACAGCUUACCUUACAUGAAAAUCAGAUUCUUGCCCUUCUAGGACAUAAUGGAGCUGGGAAAAGCACGACGAUUUCAAUGCUUGUUGGACUAAUUCCUCCUACUUCUGGGGAUGCUUUGGUCUUUGGGAGGAAUAUUUUAACUGACAUGGAUCAGAUAAGGAAAGAAUUGGGUGUUUGUCCCCAGAAUGAUAUUCUUUUUCCUGAAUUGACUGUGAAGGAGCAUUUAGAAAUAUUUGCUAAUUUGAAAGGUGUGAAGAAAGAAUCUCUGGAGAAGGUUGUGCUUGAAAUGGUUGAGGAGGUGGGAUUGGCUGAUAAAGUUAAUACUGUUGUGAGGGCACUUUCUGGAGGCAUGAAAAGGAAGUUGUCCCUUGGAAUUGCACUAAUUGGAAAUAGUAAGGUUAUUAUUCUUGAUGAACCUACUAGUGGAAUGGAUCCAUAUUCAAUGAGGAUGACGUGGCAAUUAAUCAAAAAGAUUAAGAAAGGAAGGAUUAUACUGCUAACAACACACUCUAUGGAUGAAGCUGAUGUGUUAGGAGAUCGGAUAGCUAUCAUGGCAAAUGGUUCACUGAAAUGCUGUGGCAGCUCACUUUUCUUGAAGCACCAAUAUGGGGUUGGUUAUACUCUUACUUUGGCUAAGGCGGUUCCCAGUGCCACUGUAGCUGCUGAUAUUGUUUACCGACAUGUUCCUUCAGCAACAUGUGUGAGCGAAGUUGGCACAGAGAUUUGCUUCAAGCUUCCUUUAGCGUCUUCAUCGUCCUUUGAGAGCAUGUUUAGGGAAAUUGAAAAUUGCAUCAGAAGAUCAGGUCCGAAUUCAGAAUCUGAAGCUAAGGAGCACAAUCGGUCUUUUGGCAUUGAGACUUAUGGUAUAUCUGUGACAACUCUUGAAGAGGUAUUCUUGAGAGUUGCAGGAUGUGACAUUAAUAAAGCCGAGUGCAUUGAGGAUAAGAAAACUCUGCUUGGAUCUGAUUCUAUUGUUUCUCGAGCCUCUGAUGACUCUGCUCCAAGGAAUAUUAUGCCCCUAAAAGUAAGUGGAAAAUAUAGAGUCAUUGAAAUCAUUGUUACAGUAAUGAGGAGAGCUCGCAGUUUACUUGUGGAUACCGUGCAGAGUUUCUUGAACUUUGUAAGCAUGCAAUGUUGUUGCUGUUGCUGUUACUUCCUAGUAAGGUCAACAUUCUGGGAACAUUCUAAAGCAUUAUUUUUAAAGAGGGCAAUAUCUGCUCGAAGAGAUCGGAGAACAAUUGUUUUUCAGCUAGUGAUUCCUGCUGUCUUCUUGUUUUUUGGUCUUCUUUUUCUUCAACUUAAACCACAUCCUGACCAGCAGUCUGUUACACUUACGACUUCAUAUUUUAAUCCUCUUUUAAGUGGUGGAGGUGGUGAUGCCCCAAUACCUUUUGAUCUACGGUGGCCUAUCUCAAAUAAGGUUUCCCAUUUUGUUAAAGGGGGUUGGAUUCAGAAGUUUAGGCCAAGUGCAUAUAGAUUCCCUCAGUCAGAAAAGGCUUUGACGGAUGCUAUUGAGGCAGCAGGGCCAACAUUGGGUCCUGCCCUUCUUUCUAUGAGUGAAUAUCUGAUGUCUAGCUUUAAUGAAUCGUACCAGUCUAGGUAUGGAGCAAUUGUAAUGGAUGACCAGAAUGAUGAUGGAAGUCUAGGAUACACUCUGCUGCACAACAGUUCUUGUCAGCACGCUGGUCCAACAUAUAUCAAUGUUAUGAAUUCAGCAAUUCUUAGGCUUGCUACUUUAAAUGAAAAUAUGACAAUCAGAACCCGCAACCACCCUCUGCCUAUGACUAAAAGCCAGCACUUGCAACAUCAUGAUUUGGAUGCAUUUGCAGCUGCAGUGGUUCUCAGUAUUGCUUUCUCCUUUAUCCCUGCAUCUUUUGCGGUUGCUAUUGUAAAGGAACGCGAAGUGAAGGCAAAACACCAACAGCUGAUUAGUGGAGUAUCAAUAUGGUCAUAUUGGGCGUCAACAUAUAUAUGGGAUUUUGUUAGCUUCUUGUUGCCUGCAUUUUCUGCAAUAAUUCUCUUUUACAUCUUUGGCCUGGAUCAGUUUACUGGAAGAGGUUCUUUAUUACCAACAAUCCUCUUGUUUUUGGAAUAUGGACUUGCUAUAGCAUCAUCAACAUAUUGCCUCACUUUUUUCUUUUCUGAACAUACAAUGGCACAGAACAUGGUUCUAUUGAUUCACUUUUUCACUGGGCUAAUUCUAAUGGUCAUAUCCUUCAUUAUGGGAUUCAUAGAUACAACUGCAAGUGCAAAUUCUUUUCUAAAGAAAUUCUUCAGAAUAUCACCGGGAUUUUGCUUUGCUGAUGGAUUUGCUUCCCUGGCUCUUCUGCGGCAAGGGAUGAAAGAUGGACGUGGUGAUAGACUUCUUGACUGGAAUGUUACUGGUGCCUCUAUUUGUUAUUUAGCAGCCGAGGCAAUUGUUUAUUAUCUUCUCACUCUUGGUCUUGAACUUGUUCCUCCUCACAAGAUAACUUCAGUCUCCAUUGACCAGUGGAAAAACAUAAAGAAAUUCUUCCAAAGAACCUCCAGUAGUUAUAUGGAACCUCUUCUGGAGUCAUCAACAAAAUAUGUUGCUCUUGACCUUGAUGAUGAUGUAGAUGUUCAGGAAGAAAGAAAUAGGGUACUUUCAGGUUCUGCUGACAAUGCAAUUAUCUACUUGUGUAAUCUUCGAAAGGUGUAUGGUACGAAAGUUGCUGUACAUUCAUUAACUUUUGCAGUUCAGGAAGGGGAAUGUUUUGGAUUUCUAGGAACAAAUGGAGCAGGGAAAACUACAACUCUUUCAAUGCUAUCCGGAGAAGAACACCCUAGUGAUGGAACUGCGUUCAUAUUUGGCAAAGACAUAAGUUCAAACCCCAAGUCUGCCCACCGGCAUAUUGGCUACUGCCCACAGUUUGAUGCUCUUCUUGAGUUUUUAACUGUUUGGGAGCAUCUUGAGCUCUAUGCAAGAAUAAAAGGAGUCCCAGAAUACAAGCUGAAAGAUGUGGUUAAGGAAAAGAUAAUGGAAUUUGACUUGUUGAAGCAUGCCCAUAAACCUUCAUUUGCUCUUAGUGGGGGAAACAAGCGCAAAUUGUCUGUUGCAAUAGCAAUGAUUGGAGAUCCUCCCAUAGUGAUCCUUGACGAGCCAUCCACGGGUAUGGAUCCUAUUGCCAAACGAUUCAUGUGGGAAGUGAUAUCCCGUUUAUCAACAAGACGAGGAAAAACUGCAGUUAUCCUAACCACUCACAGCAUGAAUGAAGCCCAAGCACUAUGCACUCGUAUUGGAAUAAUGGUUGGAGGACGGCUAAAAUGCAUUGGGAGUCCUCAACAUCUGAAAACACGUUAUGGGAAUCAUCUUGAGCUUGAGGUUAAACCAACCGAAGUUAGCUUGGUAGAUCUAGAAAAUUUGUGUCUUUUGAUUAAGGAAAGACUCUUUGACUUUCCUUCUCAUCCAAGGAGCUUGCUUGGUGAACUUGAAGUUUGCAUUGGGGGCGCUGACUCCAUAACAUCAGAAAAUGCAUCAGUGGCUGAGAUUAGGUUGUCGGGGGAGAUGAUAAUCAUCAUUGGAAGAUGGCUUGGCAACGAAGAAAGGACAAGGACACUCAUAUCUCCAACAGAACAUUCUUCUGGGGUUUUUGGUGAAGAAUUGUCAGAGCAGUUGGUUCGUGAUGGUGGCAUCCCAUUGCCAAUUUUUUCUGAGUGGUGGUUAGCCAAGGAGAAGUUCUCUACAAUUGAUGCAUUUAUUGUGUCUUCAUUUCCUGGUGCAACAUUUCAAGGAUGCAAUGGGUUGAGCGUUAAAUAUCAGUUGCCUUAUGGAGAAGACAUCUCGCUUGCCGAUGUUUUUGGGUACUUGGAGAGGAACAGAGAUAUGUUGGGCAUAGCCGAAUACAGCGUCAGCCAAUCAACACUCGAGACGAUUUUCAAUCAUUUUGCAGCAAGCUCUUGAGGUAUUAUAGUCCUAGUAAAUGUUAAUAACAUUGAUGCAGUAUUUUCAAAGAGGGUUAAAAGGGUUUUUGGCUAUCCAUUGCUAGUGGUAUAAGGUUGAUGAGUACAUGUUAAAGCUGUUGGGUGAACUGUAAAUAGCUCAAAUUUAAUGUUGAUAUUCUGUAAAUGAUGUUUACAUUUUUCUAUAUAUAUAGACAGCUUAAACAA